GUCAUUUCCGCACCCCGGAUGUUAUAGUGGCGGCGGUUGUUAUGACAAUGUGACGUUGUUUGUUUUUGUUUUUUCUUCUUUUUUUUUAAUGCAUGUUGUAGCGAUCUUUUGAUAACGUUUCAGUCAGGUAACAUAGUUUGAGUUUUCUUUCCAUGUCUUUGAAACUACAUCAGAUGGCCUCUUAUACACACGAAGAGUUUGAACUCAGUCAGAAACAUAAAGAUAUACUGGGGAAAAGAGCAUUACUGCUGCAGCAGAUGGAAGCACACUAUGAACAGCAGAAGGCUAAGAAGAAACAGCAGUGUUUGAUGUCUCAAGCAGCGAAGGAGAGGAAUGCUCAGAUCCUUCAGGAUUUUCAGAAUGCUGAAAAAAAUCUUCAAACCAGACAGCUCCUUCAUCCAGAUAUUAUUAACCUUGAGACUCUUUAUUGGGCCUCAGUUGAACGGAAACUACCAGAAUGGGAGCAGUAUUUGCUUGGGAAAGGACAACCGCCGGUGAGUGAAACUGGGAGAUUGCUUAGGCAACAGAGACAGAAAUCUAGACAAGAUCCCUCACCUGUACAAUGCGAGGGUAAACCCCCUCGACCAAAACCUAGAUGACCCAUAAAUAAACACAAUUUAGUAUUUUUUUUUUCCCAAAUAGUUAUUUUUAUUUAUUUUGUUUUUGUUGUUUACUGCUCAUUUGAUUUAAAUAUUGUGUAUGCAAAUACAGAGUAAAUGUGUUCAUUGAAUAUUAUAUUAGCAUUUGCAUACAUAAGUGCAUCCACAUGGGGGCAAUACUGACUACAUUUUCUGUAAUUACACCACUGUUGUU